CCGGGGGUCACGUCAUGUCCGCUAUUGGUAUCGCAGAGGCAUUGAUAGGCAGCGGACACGACGUGUGGUUUACUGUCAACGAUCACUGGUCGGGACAACUGACCAAAUAUGGCAUCAAAGAGGUAUUGUUGGCCAAAAUGGACUCACAGUUUAACGACAGUUUAAUGAUGGCGUCGGGUUUGUUGGGCGGCGCGGCGGCCAUCCACAAAGCCGGUAAUGCGGACACUUAUGCCACUUAUAUCGAGGUAAUUACAAAAUACGCCAAACUUAUGGACAAACAGAUGGACCGCCUAUUGUCCGCCAUUCAGCCCGAUGUCAUACUAUUAAGUCAGUUGAUGACAUUGCCAUCGGUGCAGUUGUCGGGCAUCCCGUGUGUGUGGGUCUGGUUUUGCGGCCCUCUCGUGAUGCUCGACGAUGAGAGGACACCGCCCGGACAGUCAGGAUUGUCCGCUACGGGAGACAAGAGCUUAUGGCACGAGUUCAGGCAAAUCGCUAGAAAUAGUGGUCAGGAAUUGUGGCGAGUGUUCAACAAGUGGGUGGUCAGCCGGGGCUGCGAACCACUGCCCAAAUACGCCCUCCAAAAUCACUCGCAUUACCUCAAUAUAUACGGCUGUGCACUGGAGUUAGACUAUCAGGACAUCCGGCCGUUGGGUCCAAACUUUGUCCGCUUUGAUCAUUUCAUGCGCAGCAAAAGUGGCCCGACUUUUGCUGUGCCGCCAGAGUUGGCCACAAAGCCGGGAAAGUUGAUCUACUUCUCUGUCGGCACAUAUAUUAAAUACAAUGCUAUGAAUAUAGAAAAUAUGCGCCGACUUGUGGCCAUUUUGGCCAAAUCGCCGCAUCGGUUCAUCGUAUCGAUGGGUCCGUUGCAUAAGGACUACACUCUGGCUGACAAUAUGUGUGGCGAGGAGUGGUUGCCUCAGAUCCAAGUCCUACCUCUUGUAGAUCUGGUGAUAACACACGGCGGCAAUAAUACGGUCACCGAAACCAUAUUCUUCGGCAAACCAAUGAUAGCGAUGCCUCUGUUUGGCGAUCAUUACGAUAACGCACAGCAACUGCAGGACAAGGGCUUUGGUCUACGACUGGACGCAUACAAGUGCUCAGAGGAGGAGUUGUUGGCAGCGAUCGAGACUUUACUGAACGAUACGGUAAUGACUGACCGCUUGGCCGAAGUCUCCCGAAGAAUACAAACGGAUAAUAGUUAUGCCUAUUGUGAACCGAAUGAUGGCAUCAAAUUAUCUAUGGGUCGACUGACCGAUAGAUACGGUUUUAUUAGACCACCGGUUGUUAGUAAUGACGAUCAGUCUUAUGAGAAACCACAGGACAACUGGUUUGACCAGAGAUUGGAUCACUUCAAUAAAACCGACGACAGAACUUUUAAACAGCUCUAUUAUGUGUAUAACGAUACCCAUUACAAACCGGGUGGACCAGUAUUUCUAUUUCUAUCUGGUGAGUUUCCAAUGGACGAGCCCUAUACUAAUCCCGAUCGCUAUUGGUUGGAAAUGGCCAAAAAGUACAACGCAUUGGCGAUAAUGUUAGAGCACCGGUAUUACGGCCGGUCUGUGCCCACACAAGACCUGUCUAUUGAAAACUUGAAAUAUUUAACCCUUGAAUUGGCGCUCAAAGACGCGGAACAAUUCAUUUUGGAAAUGACUAAAAAGUUGUCAAUUGAAGGCAGCAAAUGGGUUGUGUGGGGUCUGUCCUAUUCGGGCAAACUUGCCGUUUGGUUUCGGGAGAAGUACCCAAACAUAACUGUCGGUGCCAUGUCUUCGAGCGCACCCGUCGGCUCUACCAACAACAACACCGGGUAUUUACAAGUGGCCGCCGAAGCGGUGGGAAAGGAGUGUUCAGAUAAUAUAAGGAAAGCCAACUACGAGAUGGAAGACCUCCUGAAAACACCGGAAGGUGUCGUAAAAUUGCGCAAAACAUUGAAUUUGUGCGAUUCGUUUGACGGCAAAAAUAUCGAUGACAUCCGGUAUUUGGCGCAAACGUUAGCCAUGAAUGUCGGCGGAUCUGUUCAAAGCAAUGCGGGUAUCGAUCACAUCAUUAAGACAAUGAACGACCCCUCAGGCGGUACACCACUGGAAAGGUAUUGGAGUCUAUUGGUGCCUACGAGUCAACAACUAGCUUGUAAUAGAGUAAAGCAUGAUGAUUUUGUCAAAGUCUUACAAAAUACAACUGUUGAUCCCAAGCAAUGGGUGAGACAAUGGGUAUAUCAGUUGUGCACUUCAACCGCCGACUUUGUGACCAGUGAUCUCCCAAACAGUCCGUUCGGACACAACAUUCCCGUCGAAUUUUGGACUAAACAAUGCACUCAAGUAUACGGACCACAAAUCAAUGCCCAAACCAUACAGAAAGCGGUCGACCGGACAGUCGCUACAUAUGGGGGCAAAAAACCAAACAUAACAAACGUUGUGCUCACAAACGGCUCACUCGACCCCUGGAAGGCCAGCGGUAUUCUUCAUGACCUAAACAAUAACACAAAAACAGCGGUCAUUGAAGGCGGCGCCCAUUGCUCCGACUUCUGGGGCUCAAAACUUACUGAUAGUUAUACCUAUUGUGAACCGAAUGAUGGCAUCAAGUUAUCUAUGGGUCGACUGACCGAUAGAUACGGUUUUAUUAGACCACCGAUUGUUAGUAAUAAUGAUCAGUCGUAUGAGAAACCACAGGACCACUGGUUUAACCAGAGAUUGGAUCACUUUAACAAAACGGACGACAGAACUUUUAAACAGCUCUAUUAUGUCUAUAACGAUACCCAUUACAAACCGGGUGGACCAGUAUUUCUAUUUCUAUCUGGUGAGUUUCCAAUGGACGAGCCCUAUACUAAUCUCGAUCGCUAUUGGCUGGAAAUGGCCAAAAAGUACAACGCAUUGGCGAUAAUGUUAGAGCACCGGUAUUACGGCCGGUCUGUGCCCACACAAGACCUGUCCAUUGAAAACUUGAAAUAUUUAACCCUUGAAUUGGCGCUCAAAGACGCGCAACAGUUUAUACUGGGAAUGACUAAAAAGUUGUCAAUUGAAGGCAGCAAAUGGGUUGUGUGGGGUCUGUCCUAUUCGGGCAAACUUGCCGUUUGGUUUCGGGAGAAGUACCCCAACAUAACUGUCGGUGCCGUGUCUUCGAGCGCACCCGUGGGCUCUACAAACAACAACACCGGGUAUUUACAAGUGGCCGCCGAAGCGGUGGGAAAGGAGUGUUCAGAUAAUAUAAGGAAAGCCAACUACGAGAUGGAAGACCUCCUGAAAACACCGGAAGGUGUCGUAAAAUUGCGCAAAACAUUGAAUUUGUGCGAUUCGUUUGACGGCAAAAAUAUCGAUGAUAUCCGGUAUUUGGCGCAAACGUUAGCCAUGAAUGUCGGCGGAUCUGUUCAAAGCAAUGCGGGUAUUGAUCACAUCAUUAAGACAAUGAACGACCCCUCAGGCGGUACACCACUGAAAAGGUAUUGGAGUCUAUUGGUGCCUACGAGUCAACAACUAGCUUGUAAUAGAAUAAAGCAUGAUGAUUUUGUCAAAGUUUUACAAAAUACAACUGUUGAUCCCAAGCAAUGGGCGAGACAAUGGGUAUAUCAAUUGUGCACUUCAACCGCCGAUUUUGUGACCAGUGAUCUCCCAAACAGUCCAUUUGGACACAACAUUCCCGUCGAGUUUUGGACUAAACAAUGCACUCAAGUAUACGGACCACAAAUCAAUGCCCAAACCAUACAGAAAGCGGUCGACCGGACAGUCGCCACAUAUGGGGGCAAACGGCCGAACAUAACAAACGUUGUGCUCACAAACGGCUCACUCGACCCCUGGAAAGCCAGCGGUAUUCUCGAAGACCUAAACAAUAGCACAAAAACAGCGAUCAUUGAGGGCGGCGCUCAUGUCUCCGACUUUUGGGGCUCAAAACCUACGGACAGUCAGAGUUUGAAAAACGCCCGCAAAUUAAUUGAACAACAAAUCAGAGAAUAUUUAAAAUAAAAUAUUUAAUUAAUUUAUUAA